AUGGUCCACAUCGCAAACAACGACAUACCGCUACCUUACCUGAUCGUGGCUGCUGGUGUCUUGUAUUUCGUCUACAACACCGCAGUCAGAAUCCACAAAGAUGCUCGAAUCCGUAAAUUGGGCGCUCGAGGCCCUGUCCGAAAAACAUACCUACCGUGGAGUGUAGACUUGGCAUACGACAUGAUCUCCGCUGCAAAAAACGACCUGUUGCACGAGAACUGGACCAGCAUGUUCAAGAAAUACGCUCUACCUGGUCAAUAUACAGUUGAAGCUGGCAUUGGAGAAAGAGUCAUCUUGACCGCUGAACCAGAGAACAUUAAGGCGAUUUUGGCGACACAGUUCAAGGAUUAUGGCAAGGGCGAGCAGUUCAGGAAGGACUGGCAUGCCUUUUUGGGCAACGGCAUCUUCACCACGGACGGUCAGCUGUGGCACAAUUCAAGACAGUUGAUUCGACCUCAAUUUGUGAAGGAUCGUUUGAGCGACAUCGAAAUCUUCGAGGAGCACAUUCAGGUCAUGAUAUCAAAGAUUGGACAGGGUCAAGAGAUCGAUACGCUCGACAUGAUGUUCCGGUUCACACUGGAUGCUGCUACACAUUUCCUUUUGGGCACUAGUGUUGACAGCCUUCAAAACCCACAAACAGUGUUUGCAGAUGCCUUCGGCAAUGCACAACGUGUACAAAGUCUGAUCGCUCGAGUUGGACCUCUAAACUGGCUAGUCCCCCGUCAGCGCAUGGGUUUCUACGACUCGAUCAAGAAAAUCAACGACUUUGUAGACCGCUACAUCGAAGAAGCCCUUAGUCUAUCGGACAAGGAACUCGAACAGAAGACCAAUCACGACGAGGGCUACACCUUUCUGCACGCUAUUGCUGGCUACACACGCGAUCGCCAGACACUCCGCGACCAACUUGUUUCAAUCCUGCUCGCCGGCCGUGACACGACCGCUUGCACCCUAACAUGGGCAAUCUACCACCUCUCUCUCGACCCGACCAUCACCGCCAAAUUGCGCCAGGAAAUCAUCGACAAGGUUGGCCUCGACCGCACACCCACCUAUGAAGACCUCAAGAACAUGAAAUACCUCCAGCACGUCUUGAACGAGACGCUUCGCCUCUACCCAGUUCAAUUCGCGCUGACGGAGAUGGGAUACACACUGGUGAGACUUUUGCAGAGGUAUCAAGGGAUUGAGAACAGGAUGGAUGGAGGACAUCCUGGGUUGCAUGCAGAUAUUGUGCUGCAGCCUGCGAGGGAGGUUAAGGUUGCAUUUUACUAG